AUGGACAACUAUUUUUCUAGCAUUCCUCUUUUUCGAUUUCUUUGGCAGAAUGGGAUCGGUGCUUGUGGGACUGUACAAAAAACUUCCGCGAGUUUUCCAAAAGAAUUAAAGCUGGAUAAAGAUAUUAAACUUGAUUGGGAUGUUCGUUCUGGAGUUGUGGUAAAUGAUGUAUUAGUUGUCCUCUGGCAAGAUAACAGGCCAGAUACGAUGCUAUCGAUAAUUCAUGGAAUUACUGGUGAAGAAACAGGAAAGACGAUGACCAAGGGAAACAAGCACCAAUGCAGCAAAGAUAUCACAGAUCAAUUACGUUCAUAUUACAGUACGCAGAAAAUCAUUCGAACUGCAGGAUCAAUGCAAAAGCAGCAAGAGUUCCGCCACGAGCUUGUCUGGAAUCUUAUUAAUUUUGCAAAUGAUACCGACGAAUUCAACUAA